AUGCCCGGGUUCUGGAAAGCAUGGCUCUACCAGCUUGACCCGUUUACCCGCCUUAUCUCGGGAAUGGUUACGACGGGCCUCCAUGAGCUCCCCGUUGUCUGCACAUCGGAGGAGUUGAACCGCUUUACGGCUCCUAGCAACCAAACUUGUGGACAGUACAUGUCGGAGUUCUUCACCAACGGCGGGUUGGGAUACCUGGUUGAUGAUAACACGCAGAACUGCGAGUACUGCGCAUACCGUGAAGGAGACGAGUUUUACCGGAAUCUGGGCCUUGAUUUUGGUCUUCGAUGGAGAGAUUUGGGCAUUUUUAUUGCGUUUAUCGGCAGUAACUUGAUCAUCCUCUUCCUUGCUAGCCGAUAUGUCAACUACAACAGACGAUAA